CAACGGAGGACAAAAGAAAUCUCAAGUGCAGGAUGACAAUAUAGCACAGACCUAUGAUUAAUAUAUUUCACAUCUGAAGACAUCUGAGCUCCAGUUUUACUUUUGGAAAACUCUUCAUUAUGAUCGUGCGUACUUCUUAAGUUAGUCUUUUUAUACUUUGGAAAAACUACAGACUUUUACCAUUUUUAACGAUUGGAAUGGUCUGACUCAGGAAAAACUAACUGAAAAACUACGAGGAAAAAAAUCGUAAGAAAACGGAGCCUUGAGCUUUUUUGUGUCCCGACUUGAGUACCGUCGCGCAUUAAGGAAUGUUACCGAAACUGCAGACGUUACCUCGGCUUCUGCCUCUCGCCCUCGCAAGUGUGUUUCUGGUGCAGAGCGGGACCAGUGACAAAGAAGUGAGACCAGAGGCAUGGCUCCAGCAGUAUGGGUAUCUUCCUCCUGGUGAUGUUCGGGCUCAGGCGAUUCGCUCUCCUAAAUCUAUCAACUCCGCUAUCUCGGCCAUGCAGAAAUUCUACGGCCUCACCGUCACUGGCACCAUGGAUCCAGCUACGCUCUCGGCAAUGCAGAGGCCGAGAUGUGGCGUUCCUGAUAAAUUUGGCUCUGAACUGAAGAGCAACCUAAGAAAAAAACGCUAUGUCGCCCAGGGCUCUAAAUGGGACAAAAGAGAGGUCACUUUCAGUAUCCAGAACUACACUCCAAAAGUGGGCGAGCGGGCCACACAUGAGGCCAUCAAGAAGGCAUUCAGAGUUUGGGAGGCCGUGACGCCACUCAAGUUUCGUGAAAUCCCAUACAGUCAGAUCAAUGGCAAGGUGGAGAAGUUUGCAGACAUCAUGCUUUUCUUUGCGGAAGGCUUUCAUGGAGACAGCACCCCAUUUGAUGGCGAGGGAGGUUUCCUGGCCCAUGCGUACUUCCCUGGUCACGGCAUCGGAGGAGACACACAUUUUGAUGAAGCAGAGCCUUGGACAACAGGCAACGUUGACAAGGGAGGUAAUGAUGUGUUCCUGGUGGCGGUGCAUGAAUUGGGUCAUGCACUUGGUUUGGAGCACUCAGGCGAUCCCUCUGCCAUCAUGGCUCCGUUUUACCAGUGGAUGGACACUGAGAACUUUGUACUGCCCGAAGAUGACAGACGGGGAAUCCAGCAAAUAUAUGGUGCAGGCUCUGAGGACAAGCCACAACCACCGGCCCCCCGGCCCCCUACUCGCACACCAGACCGGCCUUCAUUUGGUCCCGACAUAUGUGAGGGACACUUUGACACCAUUGCGUUCCUCAGGGGAGAGAUGUUCGUCUUCAAGGAAAAGUGGUUCUGGCGAGUGCGUAAUGGUAAACCUCAGCAGGGGUAUCCCAUGCCCAUUGGACAUUUCUGGAAAGGACUGCCUCCGUCCAUCAACGCAGCUUAUGAACGCAAUGAUGGGAAGUUUGUUUUCUUUAAAGGUGAUAAGUACUGGGUUUUCAACGAGGCUAAAAUGGAGGAAGGUUAUCCGAAAACAUUUAAGGAGCUUGGCACAGGACUACCAAGAGACAAGCUGGACGCCGCCAUUUUCUACACACCCACUGGCAACACUUACUUCUUCCGAGGAACUAAAUAUUACCGUUUCAAUGAGGAAAGCAGAUCUGUGGAUUCGGAUUACCCCAAAGAUAUCGGUGUAUGGCAAGGAGUACCAGAUAAUGUCAAAGGAGCCUUCAUGAGUGAGGAUGGAGCCAACGCCUAUUUCUACAAAGCCAAUAAGUACUGGAAGUUUAACAAUCAGCAGCUGAAAGUGGAGCCCGGUUUUCCCAAAUCGGUCCUCACUAACUGGAUGGGCUGCGAAGCAGAGGAGCCCAAGAGGAGAGCCGGCACAGAUGAGGAGGUGCUCAUCAUUGAAGUGGACGGCUCGGAGGGCGGAGCCAUGGGCGGAGCUGCAGCUAUCGUCAUCCCACUCUUUCUUCUGGCCUGCGUACUCAUCACUCUGGGGGCUCUUCUGUUCUUCCGGCGCUACGGGACCCCUCGGCGCCUACUCUACUGUCACCGCUCUCUGCUCGAUAAGGUUUAAAGAGGAACACGACAGGCACAGGAUGAGAAGAGAAAGAAUGAAACAAGGAGGAAGGAUCUGGAAUGGGAAGAGUGAACACCAAGCUUUACAGGUCUGCAUGCAGGAAGAGAUGGAAAAGUGAAGGAUGUGUAUUGUUUGUUUUAUUAUUUACAUUUACUUCUCUACCAUUAAUAGAAAAAACAAAUCUGAAAUGGAGUGGGAGAUAAGAGAGACAGACAGCCCCUGUUCAUCUCUCACGUGCACCUUUUUCCUUAAAGUCCACGUAAGAUCAAAAUGUACGAUGUUUAUUUCUCUAGCUCACAUUGUUAUUCUGAAGGUGAAGAAUUCAUCUGUGCAUUUUAAUCCACUGAAAAAAGUUUUGGUAAUCUUUAAAGGCGGUCCUUCUCUGUUGACAUCAGCUCGAUGGUUUUCCAUAGCAACUGCAUAGCAAUAUUCUUAACCACACCCCUCUUUAUGUUAGUUUGCUGUAAGGGAACUAUGCGCAAGAGAAAACCCCGCCCCCCCACUCAAUAUUCUGUUUCAGUUGGAAGUACAUCAACUCACUGAAAUAAAAGUCUUAGCAUCUUCCGGUUGCUUCCAGACUUUUCAUCUUCUUUGCAGUAUAUAAUCCCUACUUUAUCCUCUCUGAUAAACUCAACUUGACUCCAGCCGGGUGGCUGUUUGAUUAACAUGUUCUUUACACUAAUUUUACACAAACUCAAAAGCUCUUUUUUUACAUUGCUCACCCAAAUGAACCCUCUUGUACUCCAUAAAGUGCCUUUGCCAUUUAAUUAAUGGGCUGGAAGGACUAACACAAUAGGCCUUCCUUCACCUUUUAUUCACCUAAGAUAUUUGCACAAGGUAUGGCUCGACUGUAGAGACCUGCUGUCCGUGAAAGGUCAAAGGUUAAAGGUCAAAGUUCAGGGAGCGGGAAGCUGAGCAGCUUCUGGAGUAGGCCAGUGAUAAAUGCACCUAUAGAGCAGAGCUGUUCAUCUGUUUCAACUCAAAAUAUUAUUGACUAUCGUCGUGUUUGGUACAUUUUACUUUAAUUAUGUCAAUAAUAAUUGGCAUCGUUAUUAUAACUAUGGUUAUUGUUAUUGUUGUUCUCCAUUCUUAGCCUUAGAUUUAAAUUGUCAUUUCAAGACCUGCUGGACACAGGCAGAACGUGACAUCUUUCAAAUUAGCUUUCAUUGUUUUCCUAUCAGGUUUAAGGGGCGUAACAUUUUCUUACUUUCCACCUUAAAGGAAUCAAGAAUUAUUUAUGAAUGGUAAUGGUGCUUUGGGUUUUCUGUAGAAACCGGUACUGGAUAUUACUCGAGUGGUUUUAACAAUGAUAAUGGUAAUGAUAUUUAUAAUGAUAAUGAUAUAAUGUAAAUGUAAAGGAAUGACAUUUUUGCCUGUUUCACACUUUUUUUGUACUUGGAAAUUGAAAUGAAAUAAAGUUCCUUU